AUGAGUAAAAGGAAAAUUUACGUGCUUUCGAGGAUACCUAAACUCGCGUAUCAGCUCACCGAUGCACUGAAAGACGACGCUUCAGUUGUCGAAAUAACGGCGAAGUUUACCAUCCACGAUGACGAAGCAACGAUCAAACCGGAGGUUGUCGAGAGGCUCCAGAGCGCGGAGAUUCUGAUCACCGAUACGCUCAUUUUGAAAGACAUCCUCUACAGUCUACCGAACAUGAACUCAUUUUGUGCGCAUAAGCUCACGCUACGUAUAUCCUGGCAUAGUCGAGCUAAGCCACCGCAAUCUUUUUACGUCAUACAUGCCAACCCUGAAUCAGAAAUGAGUAAAAGGAAAAUUUACGUGCUUUCGAGGAUACCUAAACUCGCGUAUCAGCUCACCGAUGCACUGAAAGACGACGCUUCAGUUGUCGAAAUAACGGCGAAGUUUACCAUCCACGAUGACGAAGCAACGAUCAAACCGGAGGUUGUCGAGAGGCUCCAGAGCGCGGAGAUUCUGAUCACCGAUACGCUCAUUUUGAAAGACAUCCUCUACAAUCUACCGAACAUGAAGUGGGUCCAACUGACAACUGCAGGUUUGGACGACCUCAUUCCUCACCUGGAUCGCCAGAAGCCGCCACCCACAUAUACCAUAGCCCGUGCCUCCUGCUUUGGAAUACUCAUGGCGGAAUAUGUUGUUGCUGGAAUCAUCAACAUCGAGAGGGGCCUUUACAGCUACUACGAUCUUCAGAAAAAGAAAGAGUGGUCUGAUCACGCAUCAUUUCAAUUCCGGACGCUGUCCGAACUGACUGUGGGCAUUUUGGGAGCUGGAGUCAUUGGACAAGAAAUUGCGAGCACGUUGAAGCGGUUUGGCACGGCAGUUCAUGGACUUGCACGAAGGAGGAGAAGUUUGGAGGAACUGACACGGUCGUCAUUUGAGAUGAUUCACAGUGAACUCUCAGAGUUGCUGAAGAACAGCGACUACAUUGUGAAUGCCCUACCAAGCACACCAAUCACCACUGGUAUGCUGAAUGGUGAGGUUCUCAGAAAUUGCCAAAAGAAGCCGGUAUUGAUAAAUAUUGGUCGCGGAACCAUAAUCAGUGAAGAAAGCAUCAUCGAAGCCUUGAACAAUGGUUGGAUUUCUGGAGCAAUUCUGGACGUAUUCGCCAAAGAGCCGCUACCAGUUAACAGCCCCCUUUGGUCGCAGCCAAAUGUGAUCAUCACACCACACAUGUCUGGCCCAUUACAUCCGCCUGAGAUUGUCAAGAGCUUCAUGCAGAAUUUUGAGAACUUCACAAGAGGAGAUCCACUGUUCCAUACGUUCUCCUACACAUCUGAUUAUUAAUCUCAAUGCUUUAUGCAGUAUCUCAGUAAAAUGUUGAACAAACACUUUCCCUUUAUAUGGACAGUUCUAGCAAACACUUUACUAGGGGGAAUAUACGACACUCUCCUGAUUUUCAUUAGACAAAAUGACGGCCACGCCGAAUCCUCCGCUGAUGGAGUGGUUUAUUUGGUGACGCUUCCCCUCCUUCCCUUUCUCACCGCAAGAGCAUAUGACCAGGCCACCCCCCAGAAUGGCGUCGCUGCUGCCAUCAGAAGUGUUUCCACGGUUCUUCGUUGUCGUCCUUUUUUAUGUAUUCUCGGAGAGUGUUUUCUAUACCUUCUAGUAAAAUAUUUGGUUCUAGUUGAGACAUGUGGGAGUUGAAAUGAGGGCAUUGUUUUUGUUUGAUCCAACUUUAAAAGCUGAGCUUGCUUUCUUCAAAUCCCAAUCGA